CCCCUUCCUCCCCGGGGGGUGUGGGGGGGGAACUGCCUGCCCGCCUGCCCGCCCCCACAGACACUCAUGGUUCAGUGCCCCCCAGGCCCCCACCUGCCCCCAGCAUCCACCGCGCGGCCAAGCUGGGUGCCCCGGGGAGUCUGGCCGCCAUGCCACCUCCUCUUCUCCUCUUCUUCCUCCUCUUCCUCACCCCUGAGGGAGUCAGGCCCCAGAAAACACUGCUGGUGGAGGCUAAAGAGGGAGGCAAAGCUGAGCUGCCAUGCCUCAAAGGUCCCUCAGAUGGUCCCCCUGAGCAGCAGGCCUGGUUUCAGGGGGCUCAGUCAGAGCUGGACCCAGGUUCACAAGGCCUGGGCAUCCAGAAGGGGCCCCUGGGCCUCCAGCUCCUCAUCUUCAACGUCUCUGACCAGAUGGGGGGCUUCUACGUGUGCCAGCUGGGGCCCCCUUCUGAGCAGGCCUGGCAGUCUGGCUGGACAGUCAGCGUGGAGGGCAGCGGGGAGCUGUUCCGCUGGAAUGCUUCAUACCUAAAUGACCCAGGCUGUGGCCUGGGGAACAGGUCCUCAGAGGGCCCCAAGCCCUCUUCUGGUUACCCCACAAGCUCCCAGCUGUACGUGUGGGCCAAAGGCCACCCUGAGAUCUGGGAGACAGACCCUGACUGUGCCUCGCCCAGGGGCGGUCUGAACCAGAGCCUCAACCAAGCCUUGGCUCUCCCUGCCCCAGACGUCACCGUGGCCCCUGGCUCCACAUUCUGGCUGCCCUGUGAGGUGCCCCCUGCCUCCGUGGCCAGAGGCCCCAUCUCCUGGACCCUCGUCCGCCCCAAGAAGCAUAACAUCUCAUUGCUGCACUUAAACCUGAGGGAGGAUGCCCCGGUCAGAGAGAUGUGGGUCCUAGACACCCUCAGGGGAGGGGCUGUUCUGUUGCUGCCCCAGGCGACCGCUCAAGAUGCCGGCACCUAUCAUUGUUACCAUGGCAACAUGACCAUCGAGAUGCAGCUGAAGGUCACUGCCCAGUCAGUAAGACACUGGCUGCUGGAGGCUGGUGGCUGGAAAGUCCCUGUUGUGCCAUUACUUUAUCUGAUCAUCUGCCUGGGUUCCCUGGUGAGCUUUGUUCAUCUUCGAAGAGCCCUGAUCCUCAGGAAGAAAAGAAAGCGAAUGACCGAUCCCACCAGAAGGUUCUUCAAAGUGACGCCUUCCCCGGGAAGCGGGGCCCAGAAUCAGUACGGGAACGUGCUCUCCCUUCCCACGCCCACCUCUGGGACGGGACGCGCCCUAAGGUGGGCUGCAGGCCUGGGGGCCGCCGUCCAGUCGCACGGGAACCCGCGCAGCGACGUACAGGAGGUCGGAGCCGCGGGGCCCCGGAGCCCGCCACCAGCAGGCCCAGAAGAAGAGGAAGGAGAAGCCUAUGAAGAGCCGGACAGUGAGGAGGGCUCCGAGUUCUACGAGAAUGACUCCAACCUCGGGCAGGACCAGCUCUCCCAGGAUGGCAGCGGCUAUGAGAACCCUGAGGACGACGCCCUGGGUCCCGGGGAUGAAGACUCCUUCUCCAGCGCCGAGUCUUACGAGAAUGAGGAUGAAGAGCUGGCCCAGCCAGUCGCCAGGACAGCAGACUUCCUGAGCCCCCAUGGGUCUGCCUGGGAUCCCAGCAGGGAGGCAACCUCUCUUGUACCCACGGAUCAAGCCUUCCACCUUCCUCUGCCUCUCAGAUUCCCUCUGUAUGUCAGGCCGCACUUCCCUUCCCCAAGCCCCCAGCAUGGCGCUAGGCCUCCCUACUCUCCUGCCCACGCAGGGUCCCAGUCCUACGAGGAUAUGAGAGGGAUCCUGUAUGCAGCCCCCCAGCUCCGCUCCCUUCGGGCCCAGCCGGGUCCUAAUCAUGAGGAAGAUGCAGACUCUUAUGAGAACAUGGACAAUCCCAAUGGGCCAGAGCCAGCAUGGGGAGGAGGGGGCCGCAUGGGCACCUGGAGCACUAGGUGAUUCCUUCCAGCCUGGGCCUCCUUAGGCCCCCGAGAUCCACACUGGAUUCUGAAAUCUGGGACCCCAAGCAGACAGUGUCGACUUCUGGAGCAGCGUUGACUCGGAUGUGUAUAUCUGUGUGUGUGAGCGCACGUGUGUGUGUGUGUGUGUGUGUGUGUGUGUGUGUGUGUACCAAUGAAACUUUGGCUCCCUUUACUUACUCCAAAUAAAUUCAGUGACUUCUUCGAA